AAAUCGGCGUGUUAGCCAAGACUUUCAUUGACCAAGGGAAGCUCAUCCCAGAUGAUGUCAUGACUCGGCUGGCUCUACACGAGCUGAAAAACCUCACUCAGUGCAGCUGGCUGUUGGACGGUUUUCCAAGGACACUUCCACAGGCAGAAGCCCUGGACAGAGCUUAUCAGAUAGACACGGUGAUUAAUCUGAACGUGCCCUUUGAGGUCAUUAAGCAGCGUCUCACUGCUCGCUGGAUUCAUCCCGCCAGCGGCCGAGUCUACAACAUUGAGUUCAACCCUCCCAAAACCGUGGGCAUUGAUGACCUUACUGGAGAGCCUCUCAUUCAGCGUGAGGACGAUAAACCAGAGACAGUUGUCAAGAGACUGAAGGCGUACGAAGCCCAAACAGAGCCGGUCCUGGAAUAUUACCAGAAAAAGGGGGUGUUGGAAACAUUCUCCGGAACAGAAACCAACAAGAUCUGGCCCUAUGUCUAUGCUUUCCUACAAACAAGGGUUCCACAAGUAAACCAGAAAGCAUCAGUUACUCCAUGAGGAAAAGUGCAUAAAACCAGUAAGAUGAGCAGGGGCUCCUCGUCCGCAGCCUGCCAUGUAUGAGUUUUUUUGAAAAUUGUAUUAGUUUCAGUUGUACUGAUUUUAUUCUGGAAAUUAAGGAUAUGUCCAAUGACGAAGAUUUAUAUUUCCGUCCAAUGUGUUUUAUCCACUUAUCUUCUAUGGGCAUGCAAUUAAAAAAUAUCAGAUAUGUCUUAACUUCUGAAAAUUUGUCUAAAGGAUAAUUAAAAGAGCAAUCGGAAAUAACGUAAGUUUUGUUCAGAAGAGCAAGUGAUACAAAUUUUAUUUUUCUGGAAAAGCUAAUAAAAAAAAUUCCACGUCACUCUGGAAAGUAUCUCAUCAGAGAAAUUUGCGUAGACUGUUGCCCAAAAAACGGCAUCACUAGCAUUAUGGUACAUGGUUUUGUGAGACACUAGGUCUAUCAAAUUCCAGAAAACAACUGGAAACGCGCAUGUUUCAGGAUGCAAAUUCACUGCUGCCUUUAUACUAAGAAACUUACAAGCAUAGCCAUUUUUGCUGUAUUUAUUUUGUCGUUAAACAUACCUUCAGUUUACUCAGAAUUUUCAGUCUGCUAUACAAUUGUAUUAAACUAGCAUAUAGGAAAAUACUACUUUCCUAUGACAUGUUGUCUUUUGAGAAUACGUGUCCUGAGGAAAAUGUUAGAAAGGGACCCUAGAAGUUCUUGCAGAAGCACCGAAGUUGAAUUGUCCACAGAAAAUGUCAUUACAGUCUUAUGUUUCUGGGUGUUACUCAGGUUAAGAAAUAUGUGCUACUUGCCAGAAAUAUGACCUACUUGCCAGCUUCUGAUCAGUGUGUAACCUCUGGGUGAAGAGUAACCAGUUAAAGUACAAAAAGAAAAGCAAAGCCACGGCCCGAAGUGAAGUAAGCAUACUUGGUCAUCAGGAAGUAGGAACAGGUGUGCCUGGGGAGCAUUCCCUUGACAGAGGGAACAAUCCUAAUUAGUAAUCAGGUGUAGCAAUUAAGAAGGAUUUACCUGAAAGGCUGAAAAGGACCGGGAAGGUAACUGAGUUUGCUGAAGUUCUUUGUUCAUCAGAGAAGCGGACACCUCGCUUUCCCUGCUGCCCCGUCGUCUGGCAGGAGAACUGUGUUUGCAUGCUGGGCAGCCAUCUAAGAGUGAUGACAAUUUGGUUUCUUAGCGGGGCAGCAAGGAUGCACGCUUCUGUCCCGUGGCCUGCUGGGAAGAGCGGGGCGAUGAGGCGGAGGGGAAACCCAACCACAUCUUCAAGGGCACAUUUACUCUUAUUUUACCUGGUGCUGAGUCCAACGAAACGAGUCCUCGUACAAGCGGUUAACUGCCUGUGAACAUUUGGCCCAUUUUAUUCCAGGCGCUUAAAAUACACAUGCCAGCAAGUUGUUCUUUAUUCUGUAGGGAGAAACUCUUCUCUUUCGAUUUUUAAAAAUUCAACGUUAAUCUUUCAGAAUGGACCAAGGCUUUUAAAAAUAGUAAGCAUUUCUUUACAAAAGUUUCUACGAUGCUUUAUUUGAAUGUUAAUAUUAUGUGCUUUCUAAAACGGUUGUGAACUACUAAGCUUAGGAAUUAUCACUGGGUUAGCAGGUACAUGAGUAUUAAUGUUCUACAAUAAAAGUGAAUUUUAGAACUGUGGGUAUUACUCUGUGUCCAGCAUUCCACAGGGCUGACUCCAUCCCACCCUUCUGUUCUGCUGCCCUGAUGUCUCCCGCACUUCCGAAUUAGUGACUACUUUCUAAUAAUUGUCUUAAAAUUAAAACUGUGUCUUAAACCAGUA